GACGAUAAGAAGAAGAAGAAAAAAGAAGGGCGAUGGAACCUGUGCUUCCGCUUGCAAACUCUCUCUCUCUCUCUCUCAUCUGUGCUUAUUGGUUCUCUACCAACAAAUUACAAUUACAUCGCAUUGGCUGACACCACCACUCCACUGUCCACUCAUUCCUCAACUCAUUGUUGUUGGAUAGGCUAUACACUACAGUUAAGCCGCUACCUUUCUGUGUGUGUUAGUUGCCGCAAUGGUUGCAAUUUUUAUUAGAGCAUUGGAACUCUUUUUGAACUGCGAAUUUAAUCUAAUGACAUUUUGGCCAUGUCCGCCUUUCAGUUUUUGUAUGUGAAGGUUCUGAGAGUAGUGUAAAGAAAGGAGUUCUCCUCUGAUUCGUUUAAAUUUUCUGGGUUUGUUAGAGAGCAACUCUAGUUUUAAACGAUUCGAGCUAGGGGUUUAGAGAUCUAGUAUUAUUUUUUCUUCAAGAUGUGGAGUUCGGAAGAGAGAGUUGUUGCUGUGAUCAUGCUUGGUGGACCGACUAAAGGUACCCGGUUUCGGCCUCUGUCUUUGAAUAUCCCAAAGCCGCUUUUUCCAUUGGCAGGACAACCAAUGGUUCAUCACCCAAUUUCAGCUUGCAAAAGGAUCCCAGAUUUGGCACAAAUUUAUCUCAUUGGCUUCUAUGAAGAGCGGGAAUUCGCGUUAUAUGUCUCUUCAAUCUCUAAUGAAUUGAAAGUCCCUGUAAGAUACUUGAGAGAGGACAAACCACAUGGUUCAGCUGGUGGACUUUACAAUUUUAGAGAUCUGAUCAUGGAAGACAACCCGUCACACAUUUUUUUGCUGAAUUGUGAUGUUUGCUGCAGUUUUCCACUGCCAGGCAUGCUUGACGCCCAUAGGAGAUAUGGUGGGAUGGGAACAAUCUUAGUAACAAAGGUUUCUGCUGAAUCAGCCAACCAGUUUGGUGAAUUGGUUGCUGAUCCCACUACCAAUGAGCUGUUGCAUUACACGGAGAAACCUGAGACUUUUGUAAGUGAUCUAAUAAACUGUGGUGUGUACAUAUUCACACCAGAUAUCUUUACCACCAUCCAGAAUGUCUCCACACAACGGAAAGACAGAGCUAAUCUAAGGCGUAUGUCCAGUUUUGAAGCCCUCCAGUCAGCAACAAAGACCAUUCCUACAGAUUUUGUAAGAUUGGAUCAAGACAUCCUGUCGCCUCUUGCUGGAAAGAAGCAGCUAUAUAUAUAUAAAAACAUGGACUUUUGGGAACAGAUCAAGACUCCAGGAAUGUCUUUGAGAUGUUCUGCCUUGUAUCUUACACAGUUCCGGUUCACCUCUCCCCAUCUUCUGGCACAAGGGGACGGUGCCAAGAAUGCUACCAUUAUUGGUAAUGUUUAUGUUCAUCCAUCAGCAAAAGUUCAUCCAACUGCAAAGAUUGGUCCAGAUGUUUCAAUUUCUGCAAAUGCUCGAAUAGCAGCAGGGGUAAGACUCAUCAAUUGCAUUAUCCUGGAUGAUGUUGAAAUUAAGGAAAAUGCAGUUGUUAUACAUUCUAUUGUGGGGUGGAAAUCAUCCAUUGGUAAAUGGUCACGAGUUCAGGGUGAAGGAAAUUGCAAUUCCAAACUUGGGAUUACUAUCCUAGGAGAAGCUGUGACCGUUGAAGAUGAAGUUGUGAUCAUUAGCAGCAUUGUUCUGCCAAAUAAGGCUCUCAAUGUCAGUGUACAAGAGGAGAUUAUUCUAUAAUAAGGGAAAUUUGGUCCCUUGUUGGGCCUCCUUGUUACGGGGUGGAGUCCAGUUCCCUAUUUUAUUCCUAUUAUUACUGUUACCCAAGUGAUUUGUCAACUAGGCUCAAUUUGUUUGCAGUGUGAAUUUCAUUCGUAUUAAUGUAAAUGCAUGAGUGCAAAGAUGCUAAAUGCAAAUUCUGGUUUGCUUUUGCUUCAGAUUUGACUGUGUUGUUUGUUUGUGAGAAGGGAAAUAAGAAGUAAAACAUUGUCCCCGCCUUAUAUGGAGGAUAGACGUAA